AGGCCCAGUGUCAGUGUUACCUGAUCACGAGAGGAGAAGGAAGAGGAGGGACAGCCCCCCUUUUGCAAACGCCUCUCGCUUCUUUUGCACAGAGAGUGUAGGAGCACCUGGAGGAGACCUCGGUGUUCCUCAACCAGACGACAGGAAGAGACGGCAGAGAGAGACCAGGCUCACACAGGGCUGACCAGCGAGUCAGGGGGCUCUACGCCUCAGGGCUCUGGCCCUGUGUUGCAGACUCGUCUCACUUCUGCCUCAGAACCAGUGUAGGAGCACCUGGAGGAGACCUAGGUGUUCCUCAACCAGACGACAGGAAGAGACAGCAGAGAGAGACCAGGCUCACACAGGGCUGACCAGCGAGUCAGGGGGCUCUACGCCUCAGGGCUCUGGCCCUGUGUUGCAAACUCGUCUCACUUCUGCCUCAGAACCAGUGGAGGAGCACCUGAAGGAGACCUCGGUGUUCCAAGGAUAGAGACCCACCACUGACAGUCACCAUGUCAGACAGGGAGGAGGAGGCCCCUGAAGGGAGAGAGCCAGAAUGCCUGCUGUGUCAGAGAUCAGAUGCUGACCCGGACAUAUGUGGAGAUAAAAUCCAGAAACAUGGGAUCUGUGCCCACGUGUUCUGCCUGUAUUUUGCCAGCAUCCUUGAUCAGCAAGAGAAUGAACGAGUAGGACUUCAGGGCUUUCUCCCAAGGGAUAUCCUACAUGCAGUCAACCGAGCGGCACAGACGAGCUGCUGCAUCUGUGGCCAGAGUGGAGCCACCAUCUCCUGCUGUGAAACAGACUGUGACCUGAGCUUUCACCUGCCCUGUGCCAAGCAGGGAGGCUGUGUCACCCAGUUCAUUACACCGUACAGCUCCUACUGCCCCGCACACAGCCCACAGCAGGCAGUGGAGGCGACUCCAGAGCCGGGCACCGAAUGCCUCAUCUGCAUGGAGCCUGUGGAGGACAGAAAGACCUUUAACACCAUGGUGUGCCCAGCCUGUAAAACCACCUGGUUCCACAGGGACUGCAUUCAAGGACAGGCUCUGCGCUCUGGAUUUUACUCCUUCCAGUGCCCCAUCUGCAGAAACAGGCCGGCAUUUCUCGGGGAGAUGUUCACCAUGGGGAUCCGAAUCCCCUUCAGACCACCAACAUGGGAGGAGAAUGAUGCGUUCGCCGAGCUGUUAGACAGACACAGGCGCUGUGAUGCCAGUGAGUGCUUUUAUCCAAGAGGCAGGCAGGAGGCAGAGGAACAGGGGCCCUGGGAACUGCUCCUGUGCUCCUCCUGUGCUGCCGAGGGCACUCACAGAUACUGCUCUAGUGUGCGGAACACCAUAACCGGCUGGGAAUGUGACAACUGUGCUCGCCAGAGCAGCCGCAGACGCCGUGGCACGACAGUCUGCAUGGACAACUGUGAUUGUGACAGCUGUGCUGAGAACUUCACAUCCUCCAGUGAAUUCUCAAUCCUUGCUAGACUCAUGGAGGAGUCUCCUGCUGUGUCAACAGAAGACGAGACCAUCAACCCCAGCACCAGCCAACAGGCAGCAUCAGAGCAGUCUCUGGAAUCUCCCUCAGAGGAGACGAGCAGCCCCAGCCUCUAUAGUCGGGUAACAUCAAGGCCAUUCCACAGCAACAUCCCAGAAACUGAGGACAGCAGCUGCUCUCGCAGUCGGAGGCCUGACCGCCGGCAAAACCGCACCCGCCGGCAAAGUCGGCCCCAAAAUCCACAUCGGUCCAGAAGUCCCCUGGACAGGAGCCAUGUGCCGGAACCAACUGCUGCGAGGUGCAGGCCCAGGGAGAGACAAUCAGGGCCAUCCUGCAGGCGAAGACGCUCCCGCCGGCAAAGUCGUCCCCAAAAUCCACACCUUCGGUACCCGAGUCCCUAUGACAGGAGAUGUUCACCACACCUCCGGUCCCCGAGUCCCCAUGACAGGAUUUGUUUGCCACCACCACCGAGUCCUCGGAGGCGCAGCCGCAGCGAGGAGGCUUCAGAGACAUCCAGCAACCGAAACCGCUCCCGCCAGCAACGUCGGCCCCAAAAUCCACACCUUCGGUCCAGAAGUCGACGUCACAGGAGCCAUGUGAGAACACCAAGGGAUGGGAGCUGCACCUCCACCCAGGAAGCAUCAGAGACAUCCCGCAGCCGAAACCGCUCCCGCCAGCAACGUCGGCUGCAAAAUCCACGCCUUCGGUCCAGAAGUCGCCGUGACAGGAGCCAUGUCCCAACACCAAGUACUGGGAGGCGCAGGCCCAGCCAGGAAGAAUCGGGGACAUCCCGCAGGCGAAAUAGCUCCCGCCGCCAAAGUCGGACCUCAAAUACAUCUGGCCGGUCCAGAAGUCCCCUUGACAGGAACCGCACGCCAGCACCGAGUGCUGGCAGGCGAAACUCAAGGGAGACACCUGCCAGGACUUCCCAAAGACAACAGCACUCCCGCCAGCAGCGUCGGACCUCAGAUUCAUCCAGCAGAUCCAGAAGUCGCCGUGAUGGGAGGCGUGAUAGAGCACCCAGUGCUGGGAGCCCCGCUCACCGCUCAGACGGUGAGACAGGGACUCCCCACUGAUGGGUUACAUGUCAGAGAGGAAGGAGGAGGCCCCCGAAGGGAGAGAGCCAGCAUGCCUGCUGUGUCGGAGAUCAGAGGCUGACCCGGACAUCUGCGGGGAAAAUCUCCAGAUAAAUGGGCUCUGUGCCCACGAGUUCUGCCUGUUUUUUGCCAGCCACCUUCCUCUGCACAAUGAUGAUCCAGUAGGAUUCCAGGGCUUUCUCCCAAGGGAUAUCCUAGAUGUAGUCUCUCGGGAAGAACAGAAGGUGAGAGCCU